AAGAAAUUCCGACCAUCUCCUGCAAUAACAGAGGAUUUGUACAAAAACAGUGAUGAAAAUCCCCUAACAAAGGAAGAACGAAAAUCAAACUUGAGGCAGGCAAUUCUAGAAGCAAAUAUGGGUAAACCAAUGCCUCCCAUAGUUUACCUGUUAUCCAAGGUGGAAAAUGAUUCUGCCCAACCUGCAUCUGAGUGUAAUCUACCAGACGUUUAUAUUUGUGAGAAUUAUGAUGCAAGUUUAGCUAUUUGUUGUGAUAUUGAGGUACAGACUAGCUCAUAUGCAAAUGCUGACAAUAAUGAAAUUGAAGAAAUCUUAGAGCAUAAUCUUGGUAAUACAAUUUGCUUGCAAGAAAUUCGAGAAAAAGCAGAAAAUGUUUUGAGUGAAAUAUGUGUAAGCCAAGAGGAAGUUGAGUCAAUAGAACGGGAAACCAGAGGCCAGCACAACAAUCCACUGUGGUUUACACACCGCAUGCCAAGGAUAACUGCAUCAAAGUGUAAGCGGGCAAUUCAAAAAGUGACUACAAGUCCCACUAAAGCAUUGCGUGACAUAUUGGGCUACAACAAGCGCAUCCAAACAUCAUACAUGCAAGAUGGAAAGGAUUCAAAACACAAAAUUAUAGAAAUGUAUGAACAAAGAAACAAUGUCAAUGUCCAACCAUGUGGAUUUUUCAUAUCUGUCACCCAUCCGUUUUUUGGUGCAACACCAGAUGGUUUGGUUGGGGAUGAGGGUACAAUUGAAGUAAAAAAGAUCCACCCACACACUGCAGAAUCCUUACUGGAUGCCCUCAAAAGGCAAUGUAUAUUAAAGGAAACAGGUGAUCAAGUCUCAUUUAAUAACAAUCACCCCUACUAUUACCAAAUUCAACAACAGCUGUUUUGUUCAAGAAGGUUAUGGGCUGAUUUUGUUGCUUCAGAUGGAAAGGCUAUAUUUGUUCUGAACACUGCUUACUGCCAGAAAUUUUGGGAACAGCAACUACCCAGGCUUAGGAAAUUUUAUUAUGACAUUAUUUUAUUGGAGCUUGCAUAUCCUCGGGUUAUGUUUGGACACAGUAGAAUUGGUAAACUUGGAAUUACAUAUGAAUCUCUCAGCACUGUUGUAAGAGAGGAAUAA